UAUUAAAUUUCUUCUUGUCGCUUAGACCUUCCACUAAUCCGCUUUCGAAAGCUACACGUUGUGGUUGGCCAAUCUGAAAUAUUUACAAAUGGCCAACUAAAUUAUUUUAUCACAUUAAUACUUAAAAAUCUAUUUAAAAGUAUGUGCAAAUCUUCAAAUACUAUCAUACAGAAGGAGCCGAGUUGCAAAUGAGCAAGCCAAGAAGACCCGCCUAUAAUGCAGGAAACAGGAUUUGCCUGGCAGGGUUUCUGCAUCAUUAUUCUUUAUGUUAUGAUGUCAGUUUUUGGCACCGCUUCAAAUAUUGCUGCGAGUUACUUUAUGGUGCAGAGAAGAAGAGUGACGAAUUUUACCAUCCUUCUUCUAUCACUAGCACACUCUGAUUUGCUGUCGUCCCUUUUUGCACCCAUUGCCUUCGUUCACGAUCUCUUGACGGUGGAAAAAAGAUGGCAUCUGGGCAGCUUGAUGUGCAGAUUCCUACCCGCCGUCGUUGUUAUGCUCCUAUCCGUAUCAUCAUGGUCUAUUGUUGCCAUUGGAAUUGAGAGACUAAGGAUGCUCAGUAAGCCAUUGCGGAAUAGAACCCCGACGAUCAAGAGCUAUGCAAAGCUGGCAUUGGUUUGGGUUUUAUCUGGAAUAAUCUCAAUUCCUUACACGUUUGCGUGGCGUUUCGACGGAGCCCGGUGCGAGGAGGUAUUUGAUCAUAUAAGACGUCAGCAAAUGUUUUUCUACUUGACGUCAUUAAACAUGGUUAUCUGGGCGAUUCCACUCCUGUUUCUAAUCACAUCUUACGGAAUGAGCAGCAGAACACUCAAGAAGUCCAUGUUUACCCAUGAAAAUAGUCGGGGAGUCUCAAAGAGGUUGCAAAAGAACAGGAAGGCCUUAAAAAGGAUGGUGAUUCUUGUCUGUUCGUUCUUUCUCCUGAAUUUGCCUUAUUCAAUCUUUUUCUGCGUCAUCUGGCAUAAGAGAGUUUUUAAGCCUGAAGACAUGACACCUAGGUUUGUGUCUAAACUGAACAUAUGGAACUGCUUUCUGUUCACAUCUUGCCUAAUAAGCAGCUGUGUCAACCCAUGGAUCUACGGCAACAUUUACAAAUACGUGCCAUGUUGCAAACAGCGUUUUCGUCGGCGCUCUACAAACAUCCCACAUUGAGGAAGACCACAAUAUUUACCAAUAAUUGAAUAAUGAGAAAAAAGACUCUGGCUGUGGUACAUACAGACCCAAGAAUAGUUACAUAAAUUUUAAUUUCACAGGAACGGCUGUUACUGCUUUACCCACAAUGCAGCGGGUGAUUGGCUUUAGCAGGGUUUGAAAAAAGAUUUUUCUUCCUGGCAGCAAAAUAAAUAUUUCAAGAUUUCCUGCGAGGCUUCGACAAAGCUUGAUUUGUUUAAAAAUUUGUCCUAAAGUGAACUUUCAUACUAAAAAAGAACUAAUUCUUGGUCCUCGAUUUUUGAUCAUAGAUAGUCGAACAGCAAGCAUUUUGUUUAUACUUUAGAUGAUCAAGGAGAACGUGAUCGAGCACACGAUCUGAGUGUCUAUAAAAACUUUGAUUUAAUUUCAUAUCAGUACUAGCAAGCUAGAUAUUAUUUAAGUAUUGAUGUAUCCUACAUCUUGCUCUGGGUUUCAUAUUUGCUGCUCAUUUUUAUCACCAAAGCUAGUAGUUCAAACAACAUGGAAGAAUACUAUUUUAUUUUCCAAUGGUUAAAAUUUAUGUUUUAAAUCAGGGUUGGUGCGAGCCUCAAAGAUGUAAGCCCAAAACUGACGCUGAUAAUACCAGGUGGUUGUAUUUGAAAGCUAAUCUUCGUUUUUUGUUAGUAGGGCAGAACAAAGAUUAUACAGUAUAUACGUAUAUCACAAAAAAACAGCAUUCCGUAGAAAUAUAGUAACAGAAAUUCAAUGUUCAUAUUAAAAUCAAGCAAUGAAGAUUGCAUGCUGAAAAUUUCCUGGCAAACAGCAACAUUUUCCUUCAAUGAAUUUGUGCUAAACAUUCCCUGACAGCGCUGGCGCUGCCGGACAUUAUCCAGCCCUGGCCUUUAAAAAAGAUGCCGUCACCAAUAGAGAACUGAAGUGUGACGUCAUCAAAAAUUUAUUUUUGUAUUUCUUAAUUUUGACCACAUAAUCUGAAAGAGCGGUAUAAAAACUACUCAAUAUGCAAAAUUAGGUAAGCAUUUUCACAACUGGGCGAGAUAUGGCAAUGAAAAGUUUGCCAACUAGGGAAUUUCCCACGCAAGAAUCGAGCAAAGUGCCUAACUUUUGUUUUUGUUCUUGACUUGAGUACUUCAGGCCUUGCUUUAUAUUUUAAGCUUUGGAUACAUUUUUGUAACACGACAGAAAACACAUGACCGAGACGUCAUUUUCUCCAGUCAUCAAAAUUUUUACUUCUCUUUUUUGAGAAAUUUAUCAACCAUCUUGUUUGGCAUCGUAAUAGGAACAAAAAGUUCUUUUAUCAGACUUGCCGAUAACGAGUUAGUGCUAUUUAGAUGUUGCAUGACUUCAUCAUAAUGGCGGCAAUUUCUGACAUUCGUGUUAUUUAGUAAUGUCAAGAAUGUCAUUCGAGCUGAAAUAUUUGCACGAAUGGGAAACUAUAGUUAUGAACCUGGACCAAAUUACAGAGAUGUGAUUGAAGAAUAGCCUAUGCUGAUAUGGCCAUAUCUCAGCCAAUUUGUAACGCAUUCAACUGAUUUUGCACAUUCAGAGUAAUCCCAUUAGCUCUUUUGGAAUAUAUGAUCAAAAUUAAAUAAAAUUUUAAAAAAAAGAUUGCUGUGAUGUUAUUACUUCGGUACUCUAUUUAUCCGCUAUUCUGGGUUGAAAAUCCUAUUAUAACCUAAACCAUAUCCUAACAUGGUCAAAAUACGCGAAUCGUUGUUUGGCGCUUUGGAUAAUCGCAAGCUUGCUGAGUUGGUCAUCUACAUAUAGUUAAAAUAUUAGAAGCAGAUGCAUGCUGAAACAACAUAUUUUCAAAAUUAGAUUAAUGGUUAACUCUUUUUAGAGUCUAUUUAGCAGAUGUAGAUUAUUCUAAGGCCUUAUUUUAGCUUUAGCUUCCUCUUGUUUAUCGUUUUAAGACCAACAUUUCUGUCAAAAGGGCAUCUGUUAAUUUUUUGUGAUUUCCAAGAUUUAUCAUCGCCCAUUAUUCCAGCCUUGCCUCAUUAUUAUCGUCUUUUGCAAACCGUUGCGCAAUUUGCUAUCGUCUUAAACGCCAACUUCUUCUGUGAGCAUGUAAUUUAUGUUAGAAUCUUCUUCUGACGUUGAAAUAUUUUUAAUUUUUCUUCAGUAAAGAUAAGAAUUUUUCGACAGGGUCCGAUUCGGCUCCAAAAACAGUUAUCAUUUAUAAAUUUUACCCUUCCGUUUUUAUUUACACUUAUGGGGCCCUCUUAUGCCAGGGCUUAAUGUAAGUAAAAUUUAACUUUAUCUUAACAUUUUCAUUUUUGAUUUCUGAGAAUUAGA